ACUGAAAGGUGUCAACAUGGCGGUCCAUUUAAACUUUUAGAGUUACUGCCCCUGAUCCCAUCGGAGAAUGGGAAUGGAGUGCAAUGCACAGCGUUAGUUGAAACAAAAUGACUUCAUUACCCGCAGAGGAUUUUACUCACAUGAAGAUAUGGAACAAUCGACAAAGUUGACGCAAUCUAAACUUGUAGCUACAACUGUUUUGGAACCAAAGGAUGACUUAAACGAGAGAUUCGAGCAAUGUUACAAUGUUGUUAACAAUAUUCGAAAUGGAAUGUCCGACAGGGAGGCAAAUGAUGCACUCAAUUCUUAUGUAUCAAAAGGCCCAUCUCAGCAUGAGGAAGUACAACUGGGUUUGCUAUAUGCAAUCCUUACUGACCCUGCAGCAUCUGUCAAGAGUUAUCGGGACAUGACUUUGAUCAGUAGAGAUGCUAUGUCCCUUGUCCUCAGACAUACAAACCAGUUGAUAUUUGAAAAAUGGUUGAAACUUCUGGACAACACCCGGGUUCAGGUAAUCUGGUUGGUGAGGGCACUUGUGAAAAGUUCAGUAAAUGGAACAGAAAGCGUUUGUCUCAGUCUACUCAGACAAAUAGCAGGUGGAGAUGUUUCUCAGAAGAAUAUUUGGCUGACAGAAAAUAUGCUUGAUGUAUUUACAGAAAAUAGAUCAUGGCUAGACAAGUUUCCGUCUCUGAUAGCUACUGUUGUGUACACAUAUCUACGUGUGAUUGAGGACCACAACGGACCAAUGUUUGUCAAUUUAAGACCACGGGAAGUGGAACUCUGUAUAAGUCUCUUACGAGAAAAGUGGACAGACUGUAUCCACAUUGGAAGAGACCUUGUCAGGCUGCUUCAAAAUGUAGCCAGGAUUUCAGAUUUUGAGAGAUUAUGGAAAGACAUGGUACAAAACCCUUCUGCAAUUCAUGCACAGUUCACAGGUGUUCAGCAGCUGAUGUUGAUGCGAACUUCUAGGAAGUUUUUAAUCAGUAGAUUAACUCCAGAUAUGGAGACUAAACUUGUAUUUCUCGUUACAAAGGUGAAAUUUGGGCAGCAUAAAAGAUUUCAAGAUUGGUUCCAGAGACAGUAUCUGUCGACCCCAGAGAGUCAGUCACUGAGAUGUGAUUUGAUACGAUAUAUAUGUGCAGUGUUUCAUCCUCCGAAUGAAUUAAUUUGCUCGGACAUCAUUCCACGAUGGGCAGUGAUUGGUUGGUUACUGACCACAUGUACGUCCAAUGUUGCUGCUACCAAUGCCAAGCUGGCUCUGUUUUAUGAUUGGCUUGUCUUUGAUCCAGAGAAAGAUAGCAUUAUGAAUAUUGAGCCAGCUAUCCUGGUGAUGUUCCACUCCAUCCGUCCCCAUCCUGCCAUCACAGCCACACUAUUGGACUUCCUGUGUCGGAUAAUGCCAAAUUUUAGCUUACCAUUGAAAGUUCAUGUGAAACAGGGGAUUUUUACAUCACUAAAAACCAUUUUAGACAAGAGAGUUUUGCAGUCUUUGUCUCCAUUAUUUGACAAUCCAAAGCUUGACCGGGACUUAAGAGCUUUAAUCAGAGAAAACUUUCUGGAAUUUUGUUCACAAGAAGUCAAAGAGGAGCCUCUUAACAACAAAGAUGUGAUUGAGAUUGACAAUGGCAACCAUGUAGACAACAAUCUGUCAGAUGACCAUGCUGCCUUCAGUGAUGAUGAUGAAGAUGUACCAAUAGGGAAAUUAAAGUUGUCAGAAACCAAGUUCCAGCCCAUACAGGACACACGUUAUCAACCGGUAGAUAUCACAGAGAUCCUUCCACAGCUGGGUGGUGACCUCCAGGACUUCACAGAACAGCUACAAGCAGAGAAGGAUCCAGAAAUCCAGUGUGAGAUCAUGGAUAGGAUAAUGCAGACAGUGCUAAACGAAGACGAAUUUGACCAUGAAACUGCCACACCACUGGCUACAUGUCUUUGUGAGAUCCUUAGCAGCCAUUUCAGCACGUCAAUAUUUCCUCAGGAGACAGAUGAAGAGUCUUUAGAAGAUUCAGUAGGUUCGCCAUUGUUUGUCAUGUUUAGAUUUUUAUGCACUCUAUCAGAAGAGGAUCCCAGUCGUCAACCGGUGCUGCAGUUAUUAGGGGAAAUGUACAGUAAACAACCAAGGAUGGGUUAUCACCUAUUGUACUUUGUUAAAGUCGGGAAAGUGAAUGAUGAGAAAAUGAGCUCCUAUAAAGAUUUCUGUAAAAGCCUUGACAGCAAAGAUCUGGAGUCAUGUCUGAUGUCAGACCUGAAGUUAGCACAAGAAGAUGACAUUAGACUAUUCACUUUCAUAAUGCCUGAUAUUUAUACAAAUUUCCCAAGAAUAGCUAUUGGUAACUCUGAAUUACUGAAUAUGAUAGUUUCUGCAAUUGAUGGAACACAGUUGCAAGAUCUGAUUUGUCAGAUUCUCCAGGGACACCUAGUUAUGUUCAGGAAAGAUUCCUUUUUGUCUGUUUUGAUCUCUAUACUUAAAUAUUGGGCCCAAGAGUUUGAGGACAAAUUGGCUGAUCUAAUCUUGUCUCAAGUUAACAAACUAAGCAACACCCCUAAAAAGAGACAAAGGACUGGAUCAACAGCCUCUUCAAAGAAAGAGAAUGCCAGUGUUGAACAAGUUCUGUCACACCUUGAUCACAUGCGACAGGUGUGUCGUAACAUAUCAUUUUUGAACAAUGAAAAUAUUCAGCAAGCUUUACAACAAAUACAGCAGUCUGCGAGUGAAUCUCUGAAGACAAGGUAUGGGGACCUCCUGGCCCUAGCAGAGGACAUUGAGGAUGUGAGAACGACACGGGUGCUGCGAGGACUUCCUGUUAGGAAAGCAGCAAGUGCUAGUGCUGCCAUGGGGAUAGAUAAUCGACUUGGUCGUGUCAAUAAAUCAAAGAAACAAGCUCAGGAUUAUAGUGAUAGUGCUACAGAAAGCAGUGAGGAUGAGGAAAUAAAACCAAGAGCAAAGAAAAGAAAGAAAGUGAUACCUGUUGAUGAGGAUAGCGAGUAGAACUUGUGAUAUCAGUGCCUCUGGUAUAAGGAAAUAUUUCUGAUAUUGUCGGAGAAGAACCCUGCUGCUAAAGACUAAGACUGGGGAUAAUCCUGUAUAUUUGUGGCAUAUGUUUCCAAAUAACUCAGUGACAUACAUUCUCAUCACUAGGUCAAUUUACCAUUAUCUUAAUCUUAAUAAGUAUUAAGGGUAGAUAUUGAUAGAGUGGUCACUGUAAUUCUUGCCUUGUACAUUGACAAACGGCCUUGAUGGUAGAAAAAGUCUAAUGACAUCCAUGGUGUCAGUGCUAGGAUUUCCAUAGUAGCAGUGCCAGGGAUGGCCCAGUGAAAGACAUCUUUAUCCCAGUAUCAAGCCAGGGAGUGUUUCAGCAGCUGGCAGCCUUGUCUAUUGUCUUUUCCAAGGUAUCAAUGCCAGGUAUGGCCCUGUGACAGAUGUCUUUAUCUCAGUAUCAAGCCAGGGAGUGUUUCAGCAGCUGGCAGUCUUGUCCAUUGUCUUUUCCACAAGGUAUCAAUGCCAGGCAUGGCCCACUGAUAGUGUCUUAUCUCAGUAUUAAGGCUAAGGUGGUCCAAUGAAUGCAACAUCAUCAUGGUAUCAGGAAUGAUCCAGCAUUUUUGUCCAGAUGUUUGAGGAUAACCUUGUUCUGCAGACAGUUGCGUUCUUGCCUCCUGAGCAGAAUUAUUGAUGGUCAUGGCAGUCCUUAUGUAUACCACUUAGCUAGGUAAUGUUACAGUUGUUUCUUAUUUGUCUGUGACACAUGAACUCAUUGUGGAGUAACACUACCAGUCUCCUGCUGAUCUGUUUUGGUGCAACUUCAUGCUGUGCAUCUUAUAGAAGAAAUGUAAACAGUGAAAUGUGAAAAUAUGUGAAAUUUUUUUUAAAUCAGGAAGAGUGUGAUUUUUUAACUGUCCCCAUAAACCAAGACAGAUGAUUGCGAUGUGUUACCUUGGAACUUUGACCAUGGAUAGAAAUAACUCGUGGAAACUGCGUAUAUUUGACUUUGGAACAUUGACAUAACAGUAACAGUAACCUUGUAUGUGACAUCGGAACUAACCUUUCCAUGGUGAUAUGUUCAGUUGUGUGGCUUUGAAACUCUGACCGUCAAUGGAGACAUUUCAGUUGAUCAUUUGUUAAAAUUUAACUUUUUAAAAUGUGGCCCUAUAUAUGUAUCCAUGGGGAUAUCUGUUGACCAAAAAUCUGUUUAGAUAGACAGGAAGAAGUACAAUUUAUAUGAACUUGUUUAAUCACGCGUGGACAGCAGCAACAGAAACACAGAGGCAGCAUCACACACAUUUUCAACAUAUUCAAUAUAAGUUUAUAAAUAUAUUCAUGUUAUAGACAUUUAGGUUUUGAAAUCUGGGCCUAGAGGGCCAAGUCUUUAAGUGUCUAGAUGUGGCGGCUGUCACAUCUUCCUUUAAAAAAUCGAACCUCAAUUGAUUGUCAACAAGGUUUGUUUUAAAUGUUUGUCUCAAUCCACUACAGAGCUUGGUUCAAAGUUUAAUCCUAUGGUAUACUUAUAAUAUACAUAACACCAUUUGGUUAGAAUUUGUGCCAUAUCCCUGUGGACUACAACAAUAAGAGGUAAUUAUUUUUUUUCUGGAACAGUCACUUGAGUUUCAACAUUAACCAGUUAUGUAUGAAAAAGUCAUUAAUGUGCACUGGAAAUAUUUUUGUUAAUACCUGAUAAUCAUAUCAUAAUUUGCAGUAUUUCCUCGUGUGAAAGGUUUAUAAAAGACUACUACUGGGCUUCUUUUUUCACCGUAUCUGGAUGUUUUCGUGUUUGUUGUAGAGAUAAAAAUCUUUCAUUUAACGUUCGAAAAUAGGUUACUUUGGAAACCCCUGUUGCAUGACUGUAUUUUAAAUAUCAAGUCUUAGUUGAUUUUGAAGCUUAAGAAGUUGUUAUUAAAGUGUUUCAAAUUUUUGAAAUAAUACAUUGAAUCUCUUUUGAUAGACGUGCUCUGUUUGUAUUACCAUGUUUGGUAAAGCAGAAUAUACUGUCCUUUAGUUUCUGGAUAAACAGAUCUAAAAAGAAAUACUUCUAAAAUGAGUUGAUAUAUGACCAUUUAAUGUUGCUAUAUGAUAUCCUCAUAUUCUCUUUGCAAAAGGAUUUUGGUAAAAAGUGCUUUGUAAAUAAGUAAAUUAUCACUAACAAAGCAUCAGUGUCAGCAAGGUGUGUGACAGAUAUGUGGACACCUAUAGACUACUUUGUAUAAACUGUAAAGGUGUUCCUUCACAUGUUGUGUACACAUGAUAGUAAGUGUUAUCUACAAGGAAGAAUGCUAUGAUACAUGUGUACAGAUGGAGUGCAGAGAACAACGUUUUAUAACAGAUCAAAAGGAUAAGUCACUGAAUGUUUUCAUGAACAAACACAUCCUGGUGGUCAAUUUACAGUGUACUAAUGUGAACAGUCCAUUUGUCUGACCAUAGAAUAUUGGUUGUCAAAGGUACAUCACUAGUUUGAUGUGGACAGACAUCAGUGUUCACACAUCACUAGUUUGGUGUAGACAGACAUCUGUGUUCACACAUCACUUGUUUGGUGUGGACAGACAUCUGUGUUCACACAUCACUAGUUUGGUGUAGACAGACAUCUGUGUUUACUCAUCACUAGUUUGAUGUGCACAGACAUCACUAGUUUGAUGUGGACAGACAUCUGUGUUCACACAUCACUUGCUUGAUGUGGACAGACAUCACUAGUUUGAUGUGGACAGACACCUGUGUUUACACAUCACUUGUUUGGUGUGGACAGACAUCUGUGUUCACUAGUUUGAUGUGGACAGACAUCUGUGUUCACACAUCACUAGUUUGGUGUGGACAGACAUCUGUGUUCACACAUCACUAGUUUGAUGUGGACAGACAUUUGUGUUCACACAUCACUAAUUUUGUAUGGACAGACAUCACUAGUUUGAUGUGG